UCCUGUUCAUCCAAAAUCUUAAAGAAUGAAAAUGAGAAAUUUCUCGUCAGUCCAGAAGCAUUGGAUGCAUUUCUUCUGCUCCUUUAUUUUCAUAUUCCUAUCUGCAUGUUUCUCAGCUUUGGAGGCUAGCAAUCAAUACAACCUCUCGUUGCAGCAACAGAAUCGUAGCAAUGAAGUGAUGGCACUGUUGGUUUUCAAGCAAAAAUCUGUUGAUGCUGAUCCUGAAGGUUUCCUGAACGAUUGGAGAUCAGAAUCUUUAAGUCCAUGUUCACGGCGAGGUGUUUUCUGUUCUACUUAUGGAAAAGUUAGCAUGCUCAAUUUCACUUAUGCGGGUCUAAUUGGUCAUUUGCAUAUGGAUGAUCUCAUAGUCCUGGAAAGUCUCCAACAUCUCCAUUUGAGUGGAAAUUCAUUCUUUGGUAAUCUCUUCCUCAACAAGGCUUCUUAUCCUUCCUGCAUUAUUGAGACACUUGAUUUGUCAUUCAAUAAUUUAUCAGAGCCAAUUUCUGAAACUUUUUUAGAUUCCUGUGACCAUUUGGCUUCUUUAAACCUUUCACAUAACUCUAUCCCAGGAGGUAGUUUCAACUUUGGAACUUCUCUUGUAGAGCUUGAUCUCUCAAGCAAUCUGAUUUCAGAUUCCUCAAUAUUGGAUUACUCUCUUUCAAGUUGUCAGAAUGUGAAACUGUUGAAUCUCUCUCAUAACAAAAUGUCUGGGAAAUUGGGUAACCUCUCGUCUUGCGAGAAUCUAUCGGUUUUGGACCUGUCUUAUAACAUGUUGUCUGGAGAUAUCCCUGCUGUUCUUUUUUCUGAUUUCUCCAGGUCCCUUAAGGCUUUGGACCUUUCCCAAAACAACUUAUCUGGUAAUUUCCCAAUUCUUGAAUUCAAGAACUGUGAUAAGCUUAUGACUCUUAACUUGUCUAAUAAUUCUCUUUAUGGCAUUGGAAUUCCUCAAAGCUUGGCUAACUGUCAGCUUCUUGAGAACCUUGAUGUCUCCCAUAACAGCCUGCAUGAUAAAAUUCCAGCUGCUUUGGGAAAUUUGGGAAAUUUGAAGCACCUGAAUUUAGCUCACAACAACCUUUCUGGUAAUAUCCCCUCAGAAUUGGGUUUGACUUGUGGGACUCUAGUAGAGUUUGACCUUUCAGGAAACAAUCUUUCAGGGGGAUUUCCUGAGACAAGGCUCAACCUUGGAAACAAUCAGCUUUCAGGAAAUUUCCUCUCUGAAGUUAUUAGUACUCUUCCUAGUCUGCAAAUCCUCCAAGUACCAUUCAACAACAUCAGUGGUUCCAUUCCUUUUUCUCUAAGAAACUGUGCUCAGCUUCAAGUCCUCGACCUUAGUUCCAAUGCCUUCACUGGAAACAUACCCUCAGGACUUUGCUCAACCUUUCCUUCCUCCCUACAACGACUACUCCUUGCAGACAAUUUUCUAUCAGGAACAAUACCUUCAGAUAUUGGCAAUUGUAAAAACUUGAAGACAAUUAAUUUUGCACGUAACCACCUAAGUGGAUCUAUUCCAUCAAAAGUGUGGAAGCUACCAAAUGUUUAUGACUUUGUUAUGUGGGGAAACAACUUCACUGGUGAAAUUCCGAAUGACAUAUGCUUUGGCACUCGGAACUUGCAGAAGCUUAUUCUCAGCAACAAUCUCUUCAGUGGAAAAAUUCCAGUAUCACUCACUAAAUGUGCAAAUCUUUCUUGGUUGUCGCUUUCGUUUAAUCAAUUAACUGGAACUAUCCCUGCAGCUAUUCGGAACCUUCAGAAACUCAGUAUUCUGCAGUUAAGUUAUAACUCAUUUUUUGGUGAUAUCCAAACCGCUGAUCUUGGUAGUUUCCCGAAUCUCAUAUGGCUUGAUUUGAGUAGCAAUCAAUUUGCAGGUCAUAUUCCAUCAAAUCUUGCCCCCCAAACACGCUUCGAUCCCAUAUUUAGUUCAAAAGGGGGGUAUUUGUUUUUGAGAGACAGAGGGAGAAGUGAUUGUAGAAUGAGGAAUAGUUUGAUUUAUUCUGAGGGAAUCAGUGAAGAAAGGUUGGCAGAAAGUUUUGAUUCGAAUUCUUGUUCAUCAAUAACAAUAUAUAGUUGGCCAAGUCACUUGAUAAAAAGAAGUAAUGGCACUAUUGUAUUUUUGGAUCUUUCUUUCAAUCAUCUUUCUGGAACUAUUCCUGACAGCUUGGGUUUAAUGUCUGAUUUGCACGUUUUAGAUUUGUCACACAACAGAUUAACUGGAACUAUUCCAAAUACAUUUGGGGGCUUGAAAGAAGUUUGCUUGCUUAAUUUGUCUUAUAAUUCUCUUCAAGACAGGAUUCCAGGAUCAUUGGGGCUAAUCUCAUUUCUCACAGACUUGGACGUCUCGAAUAAUAACCUCAGCGGUCCUAUACCUUCAACAGGUCAACUCACUACAUUUCCAGCAUCCAGAUAUGAAAAUAAUAGCGGCCUAUGCGGAAUCCCAUUGCCCCCUUGUGGCUAUCAUCCCAAAACAGACCCCAUACAGUCUGACCAAUCUCAAAAUGGAAAAGACCACUCCAUACUGAGAAAUGUUGAUUGGAUAUGGGUUAUUGCUGUCAUUGGAUAUAUUGUUGGUGUAGCAAUUGGAGUUUGUAUUGGAAAUAUUAUGUUUCAAGACAAAGAGGAAUGGAUAAUAGACAGAAACAUCCAUUACGUAAGGGAAGUUUAUAAACUAGGAUUUUCGAGGGAAUUUCCUGCUGUUCAAGAGUCCAACAUAUUCACAGGCUUGGUUGUGCUCUUCGUCCUCUUGGAAGGUUGUCUAGAGUUUGACUGUGGAAUGUGA